AGGCUAAAGAUAGGCCACGUGUUACCGUCCCCCGUCUAACCAAACGAUCUUCAGUGUUGAUGUUACUUUUCCGAAGAACCUUAAACAAAACAUGGCUUGUUUAAGAAGGCAAAGCCUUUUAUCAGUUGGUCACCAAGCUUCAUUUUUGCUCUUAAAAACAAGGAAAGGUUCAUUCAAUGGUGCUUCAAGCCAGUUUACUAAGUUAUUGGAAGAUCGUCUUGAAGAGAUUAGAGAUGCCGGCACGUGGAAGGAGGAGAGGAUAAUCUUGUCUAAGCAAGGAUCUGAGAUAAACGUGAAGGGUUCUCCAAACAAUAUCUUAAACUUUUGUGCCAAUAACUAUUUGGGCUUGUCUUCACAUCCUGAAGUAAUCCAGGCUGGGAAAGAAGCCUUAGAUAGAUAUGGGGCAGGCCUGAGUUCUGUAAGAUUUAUAUGUGGCACACAGGAUAUUCACAAAGAACUUGAAAGAAAGAUCGCAGAAUUCCACGGAAGAGAAGAUGCGAUAUUGUAUCCAAGUUGUUUUGAUGCGAACGCUGGAUUAUUUGAGUCGAUAUUAGAGCCAGUCGACGCGGUGUUCAGCGAUGAGCUGAACCAUGCUUCCAUAAUCGAUGGUGUGAGGUUGUGCAAGGCGAAAAAACUGCGUUACAAACACAAGGAUAUGAAUGAUUUGGAAAGAGUGUUGAAGGAAAACGAGGAAGCGCGAGUUAAACUCGUCAUAACAGAUGGUGUUUUUAGCAUGGAUGGAAAUGUGGCACCUUUAAGAGAGAUAGCUUUCUUGGCUGAUAAGUACGGCGCCUUGAUCUUUAUUGACGAAUGUCAUGCCACGGGAUUCUUUGGUGAAACUGGAAGAGGCACGGAGGAGUUCUUUAGUUUGACUGGCCGUGUCGACAUCAUCAAUUCUACACUUGGCAAAGCACUCGGCGGUGCUGCCGGUGGAUACACGACAGGCUCCAAGCAACUGGUUUCCUUACUACGUCAGAAGUCCCGUCCGUAUCUUUUUUCCAAUACCCUGCCACCACCGGUCGUCGGCGCCGCGAGUAAAGUAUUUGAUCUUCUGAUGGAUGGUACAUAUUUGACGUCGAAAGUUGCCGAAAAUACUCGAUUAUUUCGAAAUGGUAUGACCGAAGCAGGCUUUACGAUUGCCGGUGAAGAUCAUCCAUUAUGUCCCGUUAUGUUGGGCGACGAACGUUUGGCCGUUGAAUUUGCUGAUGAAAUGCUAAAAAGAGAUAUCUACGUGAUCGGAUUUACAUACCCGGUGGUACCCGUAGGUAAAUCCCGUAUAAGAGUACAAAUCUCGGCCUCUCACAGCACCGAAGAGAUCGAGAGAUGCAUCGAAGCAUUCAUUGAAGUUGGACGAACUAAAGGAGUCAUCAGCUGACAAACGUACCUUUGAUUUAACGCAUUUGUGUGUACGCGUUUGCAUUUUUCGUUUUAUAAUGAAUGAAUUAUUUAUGACGUGAUAUUCGUCAUGAAUGUCGACCCAAGAA